UAUUAGCACCGCCGAAACAGCUACACAUUUUUGAUUUUUUUUUUACAAUAAUACUGAGAUUCCCUGUAGCAAUACAUAGUUGAACUGGUGUGUACCGUAUGCUAAAAUGGACAUAGAAGUGGAAUUUUUGGAAGUUAAUGUCUGCACAGUGUGUUUGAUUGAGAAAUCCAACCUGUUGGCAGUGCAUUUCGACGAGACACUAGAUUCCUGCAUUGGAACGAUUCUGGUGAAGCAUCUAUGGUUUCAGCCCGAGGAGCUACAAUUCAAAUACGUUUGUGAGGAAUGCUGGGAUCAGGUACACCAGUUUCACGAUUUCUACAUCGCAGCGGAAAAAGCUCACGCUGAUAUGAAAUCGUCUACUGUACCGCGCGAUUUGGAAGAUGUGGUCAAAACAGAAUCCUAUCACACCGAAGCACAGUCAACAUAUUUGCUGGAAGUGGAGGAGGCAGAUUGCGUGAGUCCAAAGCAAGAAGUUAGUGAAGAACUAGACCAGACGGAUAAUAUCGUUCUAGAGGUGGAACAGGAAGAUGAAGAACUUUCAGAUUUUCGACAGAAUGAGUCCACGUCUGAAUCGGAAAGUUCUGAGGAUGAUUCCGACUCGGAAUCUCCGAAGACAAGGUCCAACAAAGCAAGAAAGAAGCAACGCACCAAGAAAUCCGAAACGAUCGAAAAGAUUUAUCAUAAAUCCAUCGAACAAAUAGAGGAAGAAGAUAGGAACAUAAACGAGCACUGCAAGUUGAGCUGUACGGACUGCGAAACGUCUUUUACCAAGUUCCUCAAUUUUAAGCAACACUUCCGAAAGGUGCAUCACGAGACGAGACCGGUGGUGGUAUGCUGCGGGCGAAAGUUCAACAAGCGCGUCCGGCUGGUGGAACACGUUACCAAGCAUAUGAAUCCGGAUGCGUUCCGGUGUACGGUGUGCGACAAGUCGUACUGCAACAGCACGAAUCUGAACAUUCAUAUGCUCAAGCAUGGUUCACCGGAGGCGCUGGUGCACAAGUGUGACCAGUGCGAGCGUUCGUUUGCGAAAAAGUACCAACUCAAUGCCCACAUGCUGCAGCACGUGCCGGAGGAGGAACGGAAGUGCGUUUGCCCGAGUUGCAAUAAGGCAUACGCAACAGCAUCCCUACUGAACGCUCAUGUGAAAUCAAAACAUCUUCCGGUGGAACUGUACAUCUGUGAAGUCUGCGCUAAGAAUUUCAAAUCACGCUAUCAGUUUGAGAAACACAGGAUGGAGCACAACGAAUCCUACCAGGAAAUUAGGCUGCAAUGUAAAAUCUGCUCUAAAUGGAUGAAGAAUGCCAGCAGCCUACGGAAGCAUGUUCUACGCCAUGACGGAGAAGGUGGAAAACAUGAAUGCGAGUAUUGCGGGAAGAGUGCUCCGAAUGUGCUGGCACUGCAAAGUCAUAUCAGCUUCGUGCAUAAAAAGGAUAAGCUAUUCCAGUGCACUCUUUGUCCCAAGGCAUUCAAAAGACAAUUUACUCUUAUUGAACACAUGACUACACAUACCGGAGAAGUCCUUUAUCAGUGCCCGUUUUGUUCAAAGACAUUCAAUUCAUCUGCAAACAUGCAUGCCCACAAGAAAAAAACGCAUCCCCAAGAAUGGGAAAAAAGUAAACGGAUAAGUGAGUUGCCUUUUGCCGGUAGUACAAAUCCAUCGGUUAGCUGAGAUUUAUAAUACGGUAGGUGUAAGGUCUUCA